GAACGGUAUGUCAACAACACCGGUCUUUGAGAUUGAUCAGCCCUCGAGGAACGUUCAGUGUCAUUCUAUAAAUGUAUGUAUGGAGCCACCUUCCAACCUCACACCUUAAACUCCAUCAUCUCUGAAAGCUUACUCAAUGGCUGCUACCGGUGGCUGCAAGGGCAAAUCUAUUUGCUCAAAGCAUGUCACUAUGCUCACGGCCGUAAUUAUGAGCUUUGGAGUCAUCUCCUGUUGUCUCGGCCAUGGCGGGGGGGAUCAUGAUGGCCAUCUCGGGGCGAAGGGGGGAAGCUGCAUAGAGAGCGAGAGGAGAGCUCUCCUAGACAUCAGAUCCGACAUGUAUGACUCUGGCGAAAUAUUCUCUACUUGGAUCGGUGAAGAUUGCUGUCGUUGGAGAGGAGUGGCCUGCGACAACACCACCAGCCAUGUCAUCAAACUCGACCUCCACUAUCCUUACUCCUACACAGACGAUUGGUAUGAUGAGGUUAACAGUUGCUUCGUGCAGAAUGAGAUGGGUGCGAAUAAGGUAAAUCCCGCUUUGCGUGAUCUGAAGCAUUUGAAAUAUCUGGAUUUGAGCAUGAAUAAUUUCUUUGGCUCCCACAUUCCUCACAUGAUUGCUUCACUUGUGCAUUUGGAAUAUCUUAACCUAUCCAAUGCUGGGUUUCAUGGACUAAUAACUCCUCAACUGGGGAACCUCUCCAACCUACACUACCUUGAUCUUGGAGGAUGUCGACAUAGUGAUCUACGAGCUGAUGACCUUGAUUGGCUCUCCCAAAUUCCUUCUCUGAAAUAUAUUGAUAUGAGUUUUGUCAACCUCUCUAAAGCAACUAAUUGGCUUCACCAAGUUAAUUGGAUCCCCAGUCUCAAUGUAUUGAGCUUGAAGUGGGCAAACCUCCCAUAUGUUCCAUCUCCUUUGCCCCAUUUUAAUCUGACUUCAAUCAUCAAGCUGGAUCUCUCUGGUUAUUCCAACUUGAAUACAACAAUUCUAAGAUGGCUCUCUCAUGCUAGCAGUCUUGCAUAUCUUGAUCUUUCUCACUGCAGUCUUGUCGAUAUUGAGUCACUACAAGUCACUCUGGGAGCUCUGAGUAAUUUGAAAGAAUUGGAUUUGCAAUACAAUAAUAUCAAAGGAGAAAUUUUUAGAAUAAAAAUGAAUGUGAGCAGGAGCUUCAAGCAUUUGGAUUUAAGUCAUAAUUCAUUAAGCGGAGAUAUUGGACAAAUCUUGAGGAGCCUUGGACCUCUGGAGUACCUUGCAUUAGAUGGUAACGAGCUCAAUGGACAUAUUUCAGAAAUAGUGAAAAUUUUCUCAAGUAGCUUGCGAUAUUUAAGUUUGAGUUCCAAUUACAUUACCGGAAAAAUUCCACAAACUAUGGAGAAUCUCACCAAUUUGGAAUUCUUGGAUCUCUCGUACAAUAACAUUAUUGGAGGUAUACCAACAGUUUUUGGUAAUCUCAUUAACUUGGAGAGCUUGAGAUUAUUGGAAAAUUAUAUUUCAGGACAAAUACCAGAAACCAUUGGGAAUCUCACCAAUUUGAAAUACUUGGAUCUCACGGACAAUAAUAUUAUUGGAGGUAUAUCAACAGUUUUUGGUAAUCUCAUCAACUUGGAGAGCUUGAGAUUAUCAGAAAAUAAUAUUUCAGGACAAAUACCAGAAACUAUUGGGAAUCUCAUCAAUUUGGAGAGCUUGAGAUUAUCAAAAAAUAAUAUUUCAGGACAAAUACCAGAAACCAUUGGGAAUCUCACGAAUUUGAAAUACUUGGAUAUCUCAUUCAACAACAUUAUCGGUGGUAUACCAAUGGCUUUUGGUAAUCUCAUCAACUUGGAGAGUUUAUUAUUGCGAAAAAAUAAUAUUUCAAGACAAAUACCAAAAAUUAUUAAGAAUCUCACAAAUUUGAAAAACUUGGAUCUUUCAUACAACAACAUUGAUGGAAGUAUACCAAUGAAUUUUGGUAAUCUUAUCAACUUGACGAGUUUGGAUUUGUCACAAAAUAAGAUUUCAGGGCAAAUACCAGAAACUAUUGGGAAUCUCCGAAAUAUAGGACGGCUAGAUUUAUCUGAUAAUAUUUUUAGUGGGCAGAUACCAGAGACCUUCAACAGACUCUACAACUUGCAAAUGUUGGAUGUAUCACGUAAUCACUUGACAAAGUUAGUAUCUGGGACUCUAAAUAAACUAUGCAAUUUGAGUUCUAUAGAUUUGUCCUUUAACCUUAUUGGUGGAGAGCUAACAGAUUUGAUCGAUGCUUUACCAUAUUGUAACAGUUUAGAUAUAUAUAUUAGGGCUAAUAAUUUGAGUGGGAUUGUCCCCUCAAGUAUUGGUCAAUUAUCUGCAUUACAUGGAUUGGACAUCUCCUCAAAUUUGCUGGAAGGCAACAUCUCCGAAGCACACUUUUCCAAACUCACCAAUUUAGUCUAUUUGGACAUAUCUUACAACUCCUUGAACGUGAUCCUACCUAACAAUUGGCUUCCACCUUUUAAUGCCGACAGUAUUAUUAUGAGCUCAUGUCAUUUGGGAACUAGAUUUCCUGUUUGGAUUCAAACACAAACAAAUUUGAAAUAUCUUUCUUUAUCUGGAGUUGGACUCUCCGGUAACCUUCCAACUUGGGUUUCAGAUUUCUCAACAAGUUUGUUGAAUCUUAACUUGAGUUCUAAUAACUUGAAUGGCCCACUACCCACUGCUCCUCCCCCGGAAGUAAUCGAUCUCUCCAAUAACUCAUUUGUUGGACCCAUUCCGUUGAGUUUUGCAAAUGGCCCAUACCUUCAAAUUUUGUCUUUAUCUCAUAACAAUAUCAAUGAUAGUUUCUUUUCCUUUUUCUGUAAUCUUAAUUCUCUCCGAGUCCUCGACCUAUCAAACAAUAAUUUAUCUGGAGAAAUCCCAACAUGUCGUAAAUCAUUCCCAACUUCUUUACAAUCUUUGCAUCUGAACCACAACAACUUGUCUGGAAGAUUUCCUUCCUUCCUGAAACAUUGUGAACAAUUGGUUACUCUCGAUCUUGGUGAAAAUAAUUUGUUUGAUGAAAUACCAACAUGGGUGGGAGAAAAUCUUUUAUCCUUGAGAGUUCUUAGUUUGAAGUCAAACCUAUUUUAUGGUACCAUUCCAGUGCACAUAGCAAAUCUUACAUCUCUCCAAGUUUUGGAUCUUUCUUCCAACAAUCUUUCUGGUAGCAUACCUUCAUCUCUUGGAAAUUAUAAUGCUAUGGUUGAGAUACAACAUGAUAUUACAUCGUUGCUUCAUCUUGUUGAUGGUGGUUAUUAUGGCGAGAGCAUAGUAAUAACAGCAAAAGGACAUGACAUCCAAUACACCAGAAUUCUCUCACUUGUAACAAGCAUAGACCUAUCAAACAAUAAUCUUUCCGGCGAGAUCCCAAGAGAGCUUACGAAACUUCAUGGAUUGCAUUUCUUGAACAUAUCCAAGAAUCAUUUGAGAGGAACCAUUCCAGAAAAGAUUGGUUCCAUGGAACAACUGGAAUCACUUGACUUAUCGAUGAACAAUCUCACCGGAGAUAUUCCUUCCAGCUUAUCAUCUCUCACCUUCCUAAGCCACUUGAAUCUCUCUCAUAACAACUUGUCAGGAAGAAUUCCAACAGCCGGUGGUCAAAUGUCGACCUUUCUUGGCGACCCGUCGAUCUAUGAUGGUAAUGAAUACCUUUGUGGUACGCCACUGCCAGAGUGCCCUGGUGAUGCAGCUCAUCAAAGUCCAGCUCAUGAACAGAAAGAGAAAAACGGUGACAGGCUUGAAACAGUGUGGGAAAUUACCAGCAUCGUCAUGGGUUUUGUGGUUGGUUUUUGGAGUUUUGUUGGAACAAUGAUCAUGAAACAGAGCAUAAGGAUUGCGUUCUUUCGAUUUUUCGACAAGGCUUACGAUUGGUGCUACGUGCAGUUGGCAGUCGGAUGUGCAAGGUUAAAGUCCAAACGGCAAAGUGUGACUUGAUCCAUCGGUGGCAAGAACUGAAGAGUUUGCUGUUACAUCUUAAGGAGGUCUCAAGUUGCUUUUCCAGUUAGUAAUUCCAGCUCGUAUGUUAUGGUGUAAUGUUGUCAGAAUAAAGAAGGAAAGGGUAUCGCAGUUGAUGGCCUUUUGCUUCAUUAGUAUGUAUGUAUUUGUCCUAAUCAGAUCAAAAACUUCAUCAUCCGUCGUUCUAAUCAAUAUGUUCAAGUCAGUCAUCCCUACCGUUGUCUUUAUGACAUUAUAAUCAAGCAGAAAGAAGUAUGCCGAAGAGCUUAUUGUUACAUCUUGAGGUCGCAAGCUGCUUUCAAGUAAUGCUGUAUGUAAUCAUCAUGCAAUGCUGUCAGAAUAAAGAAGGAAGAAGUAUCGAGUAAUGCAUUCCUUCUAAUCUCUUCAAAUACUUUUUUCUACCGUCGUUCUGUUAUCGCUUUCCUUUCGAUACAUUGCCUCGUUAAUUAGAUGUCGACACAUGCUUUUCUUUAUGUUAUUUUAUAUGGCAGCUUCUGUUGGCAAUUUUUGUAGCUUUUGGUAGUCUUCUGUUGACAUCCAUUGCCAUGCUCGAUCUCUGUGGUUAUUAGAACUCAAGUAAUGCAUGCAUUCUAAGAUGGCUCACUAAUGGUAGCAGCCUUGCACACAUUGGCAAUCUUCAAAGUCUGCAGGUUUUACAUCUGUCUCAUAACUCUGUUACCGGGCAACUACCAGAAACAAUUGGCAAACUCGACCUCUUGCAGUUCUUGGAUAUAUCAGAUCAACCACUUAUCAGGGCAGAUGCCGAGGACUUUAGGUUUGUCGAGUUGUAGUGGAGGAGCAGCCUUGUCAUACUUACGUAUUGAGGGCAACAAAUUUAAUGGCAUUAUUCCAUAUAAUUUGGGUCAAUUUUCUGGAAUGUACAGGUUGGACCUCUCCUCCAACUCACUAGAAGGCGACAUGACUGAAGCACACUUUUCCCAGCUCCUUCAGCUUGGAAAAUUUGGACAUAUCUUACAGCUCCUUCAAAUUGGCUUCCCCCUUUUGAUGCUUCAUUUAUUGACAUGAGUUUCUGUCAUAUAAGAACUAAAUUUCCUACUUGGAUUCGAAGCCAAACUAAUUUGAGAAGCCUUCAACUAUCUGGAGUUGGACUCGCGGGCAAAGUUCCAGCUUUGUUCUCGGAUAUGUCUACAGGAAGCAUUGCAACAAGCAAUUUAAAUGACCCCUCAAUCUAUGUUGGCAACAAAGACCUUUGUGGUACGCCACUGCCUGUGUGCCCUGGAGACGUUGCUUAUCGAAGCCUACCUCCUGCAGCAAUUGAAGAAGAAGAAGAAGAAGAAGAAGACAGUGAUGGCGAGCUUGAAGGUGUAUUAGAAAUUACAAGCAUCGUCAUGGGAUUCGUGGUGGGGUUUUGGAGUUGUUUCGGCAUAAUGAUCAUGAAACAGUCUCUAAGGGUUGCUCUCUUCCGUUUGCCAGACAAGACUGGUGAUUGGGUCUUGGUGCAGUUGGCAGUAAGGUUUGCAAGGCUGAAGUCCAAAUCGAGAAGAACCACAUGAACUGUCGCAGGAAACUUGGGUGGCACAUUUACCAUUACAGCUUGAGAUCAUACGGUCAUUUCCACCAAGUCGCCCAUAUGUAUUAUCGUGUAAUGCUAUCAGCAAAAACAACUCGAGCUAUCUAUGCUGUUCUAUAUAUAGAACACUUGGGUGGCACAUUUACUAUUACAGCUUGAGAAUAUAUGGUCCUUUCCACUAAGUCGCCCAUACGUAUUAUGAUGUUAUGCUAUCAGCAAAAGGACUAGACAGUC